UCAGUCCACUUGGCGGCUGCGCACAAUACCACCGGAAGCGACACCUUGAACCCGGAAGUUGCGUAGGAUGUAAACACAGCUGUGGAGCUUGCUGUCUAAUAAUGGUGUACGUGUCGAACGGCCAGGUCCUGGACAGCAGGGCUCAGUCGCCAUGGCGACUGUCUUUGCUGGUGGAUCUUUUUUGGGGGGCAAUGGAAUUCAUCAGCCUCUUCUUCAAAACCAUGUUUCAUCCUGACUUGACAAAGGACGGAAACUCUGCUUCAACACGCUUCAGUGAUGGCAGGGGUCCUCCAGGACCACCCGGUGGCAGGAGACGGAUAGGAAGAAUAACCCACGGUGCUGGACCCAAUCCUCCACCAAUGGGGGGAGGAGGAUGAGGAAGGUAAACGCCUACACGUGUAGUGUAGGCACGGGGCCUUGCUCAGCAUCUUUGACAACAAAAAAUGCCCUGCUGCUGUGCUGAAGCCCCUCCUCAUUAGCUGCUACUGCCACAAGCAGUUUCCUGACGCCUCUCUGGGAAUUCCUUCAUUUAGGGGCCAGAAUGGCUGAUAAAGCAGCUGCCUCCUUCACCUUUUUUUUUCUUCCUUUUUUUGACUUUUGUCCUUCCUUUAAGUGACAUUGGUUCCUCACAAAUGUACUUCAGGCAUUUUGCUUUUGCAUUCUUGAAUUGAUGUAGUUUCUUUACUUGGUAUUGUGUUUCAAUAAACAUAUAGUGGUGA